AUGCUCGAAAGUAUUAUAAUGAACUCAAAACCUCCAUUAACUACACCACUCAAUGAGCCUCAAUCUCAAUCUACUCUCACUUUAAAAUCAACGCUAAACGAUCUACAAAUCCUCUCACCAUCAAAUCAAAAGCAUUCUCAGUUCCAAAAAAAUUUGAUGGACUUAAAUUAUGGAAGACCCACGCAUAAGACGUUUACGCAUGUUGAUCUUUCCAUUUGCUCUGCAAGUAUCGCUCCAAAACUGAAUAGCCACACUCUCGAUUGCUUGUAUGGUAGUGACCAUUUCCCCAUUGUCACUGAGUUAGCCACACCUUCUUCCGAUAAAUGCUUUCCCAAGCCAAAAUUUCUUAUAGAGAAAGCAGAAUGGCCUAGUUUUGUUGAGUACUCGGCCUCUUUUGCUGCCAAAUUUCCAACCUCAAAUAACGUAAAUGAAGAGGCUGCUAAUAUCACUAAAAUAAUACGAUCCGCCAGUCAUUUGUCCAUACCACAGUCGUAUCACAAACCACGGAUGUGUGGCAACCGUGAGUCAACCUCCUUGCCAAUACUGCUCUUCGACAUUACGCUGACGACACACAAUCAGUUUUUCCUUUCAAUUUCCUCACACACAUUGCUUGUCAAAAAUCAUCAAAAUUGGAAGCCAUUACUUAGGCUGAUUCCAUUUGAGAAGCAAUUUCAUUAUCAACAUGUCGUCUUCAUGAAAAAUUGGAUGGAUGAAAAUCGUUCGUGGAACAUUGUUGAUUACGACAACUUAACUCAAAUCCAUAUGAAACCAAAAGAAGUAUGGAAACCAGAUAUAACAGUUUUAAAUAGCGCCGGCGAUAAGAGCGAUUAUUUAGGCGAUACUCAAAUACUUCUGGCCCACGACGGUAGUUUUCUGUGGGUGCCGCCCGUUGUUUACACAGCGUACUGUAGUUUAAAUUUCCGUGCGUGGCCUUAUGAUACACAAACAUGCAAAUUGAAGGUCGGUUCCUUGGCGUUAACCUACAUAGAUUCACGCUAUCUAGAUUUGAAAGACAGCUUGGACUAUAGUGAGCUCGUACAAUCGACUGAAUGGGAAAUUGUCGAUUGCGAUACGGUAUAUCGAAAACAGGAUUAUUAUAAUUAUAUUGAAUUUACAUUUAAACUACAGCGUCGUUCGUCAAUGUACGGAGCGGUUAUCUUCACUCCAGCUUCCUGCAUUAUAUUAUUGGCGCUUUCCUCGUUUUGGCUGCCACCACGAAUGGGCGAAAAAAUAUUAUUGAAUACCAUUGUAAUUGUAUUGAUUGCUGCUUUUCUCAUAUAUUUUGCGCAACUGUUGCCGAUAUUGGCUGACAAUACACCGCUCGUAGCUUGAAGAAAGAAAAGGACAUCUAGUGGAAAAACCUUAGGCCCAGGACCUGAAGCCAAAAGACGGACUAAAAAAGAUGGUUUCAGUUAUUUGGUUGCAUCUUUCAAGAUCAUUCACGAGGCAAAAUUGCUUCAAAGCGGUUUGGUGCAGAAUAAAAUAGUGAACAUUUUUUUAUACACCCUUUUGACCAAAACAUAAAACUUAAUGCAGGUUUUUGUAAUCAAAGACCAAAUGUU